UCCUCUGGUAUAACAUCGUCGGUGUAGAUUCCGGCCUGCCGCGCUACCGUCCGUGGAAGGAGGUGUGUUAUGUUAUCAAGCAAACAUUUUUAAUAAUGUGGGGAAACUUUCUGAUGUGCAAACAUAGAGAAGAUGAUGAAUUGGCCAUCAUCGAAGCUUUAUAUGCUAGGGAAGAAAUCUCAGCCAACCGCACACGUAUUCAUACUUCCAUUCUUACGGGUGAUAUGUACGUCAAAGAAGUUCUAGAGGGUCAUGAAUUGAGAUGUAAACGAGAUUUUCGGAUGGAAAAACAUAUCUUUCAUAACUUGGUGGAGUGCCUUCGAGAGAGAUGCCUUCUAAGAGAUACAGAUUUUGUCUCCAUUGAAGAACAAGUUGCCAUUUUUCUAUAUGCUGUUUCUAAGAAUGCAAGCAAUCGUACACUUCAAGGGCAGUUUCAGCAUAGUGGCGAGACCAUAAGCCGCUAUUUCCAUAUUGUGUUGAACGCACUCAUGAUAUUAUCAACAAGCAUAAUACAAUUACCUCCAAUCAAUGUUCCUUUCAAAGUUGCAAGCAACCCAAAAUUCAUGCCAUAUUUUAAGGAUUGCAUUGGAGCCAUAGAUGGGACACACAUUCCGGUUAGCAUAUCUCCAAUGGUGCAAGAUCCUUACCGUAAUAGAAAAGGAACAUUGUCACAAAAUGUUAUGGUUGCAUGUGACUUUGAAAAUCAUUUUGUGCAUGUCAGCGCCGGAUGGGAAGGAUCGGCUUCUGAUGCUCGAGUGCUACAAGAUGCACUUCAAAACAAUUUCUAUGUCCCCGAGGGAAAAUUUUAUUUGGUGGAUGCAGGUUAUGCGAACACACCUAACUUCAUCGCACCUUAUCGCAAUGUGAGGUACCAUUUGCAAGAGCAAGGAAGAAGCAAUCUGAGGCCGAAAAACCCUCAAGAACUAUUCAAUUUAAGGCAUGCACAACUUUGUAAUCAUGUUGAGCGUAUCAUUGGUACUUUGAAGAAGCGUUUUGCAGUUUUGAAGUGUGCUACACAAUACCCCAUCGACUCACAAGCAGAAAUUGCAAUAGCAUGUUGUGCUCUUCAUAAUUUUAUUUGCACUAAUGAAGGUGGUGAACAUUGGCUGGAUGAAGUUGAAUCAGAUAUUGAUCCAAACAAAAUAAUUGAUGUCCCUAGCGGAGAUAAGCAGUAUACGAGCGAUAUACAUUCUCUCAAUGUGCGGCGAACACUUGGUAACGCAAAAAGGGAAGAAAUAGCUAAUGCAAUGUGGGAUGACUAUCAAGACUAUCUUAGAUGGAACAGAAGAAAUACUGCAUGAUUUUCUGUAUUUCCAUAUUGUUUUAAGUAGAAUUUAUUUGUUUUAUAACAUUUUGGUACUUCAGAAGUAGCAUGAAUAAAAUAAGGGAGUGUCUAUUUGGCACUCUACUGCUUUUCAAUUCAUCACAAGAGAGCAGCAAAAACAGUGGAUGAUACAGACAAAAAAUAUUGUUGUACCAUUAUUGAAACAAAAUCCCUAAUUCAUACUUAGGUAACCUUGAAACA